AUGGUGGCAGAUGGUACCAUAUUGUCGCCCACGAGAAGUGUCUUUGGGGACGAUAAAGGUCAAGCCCUUACUGGAAAGCAAGAGCAUUAUUUGAAACGCGAGUUGAUCUCCCAACAAGUGAAAUACGAAAUCACCGAGUUAAACUCUCCAACGGCAUUACAAAGAUUUGGUGCCCCGUUUAAAUCUGAUCGCGGGGAAGUAUCUCCUAUGGAUUCCGACCUGCCGAUUCUCAGAUACAUAUUCGUACAUCAUGUUCGCGAGUUUCCAUUCUUAGACAAGGCGAAGGAGAAGGAAUUUUGGCAAGAUAAACUACAGGUGUUUCUACAAUCUUUCGCGGAGAAACAUAUCUCGUCAUCCGAAGACAGACUCGAGGAAACGAAGCGCAGAAAGCUAUCUUUAAAAUGUCAGAAGCUAGUGGAGUUGAUGAUGGUGUCGGGUAUACCAACGGCUUCAGGGUAUGAAGAGAGGAUUAGGUUCUCUGAAUUAGAAGUUGUCGAUGCGGGCGCUAUCGAGCUUGGAGUUCUUUCGACUAUGCCCGAAGGUCAUUAUCUACACGGCUGGGAUGUCAACGUAGCGGGAGUCAGAACAACUAAAGUCAAACGAAACAUCAGAUACCAUAAGCAUGCUGAAUUUGUUCUGCGGGUCAAGAGAAAGGGGGGAGUGCCAUACUUUAUUGGGCGUAGAUAUGGUGAUUUCAAUAGACUUCACAAGAGGCUACGAACAGAACUUCCUGGCAAAGUCCUCCCAUCGAUGCCUAGGAAAAACAAGGAAAGUUCAACUGCCUCAAACCUACUUAGUGGUAUUACGGGUGGCAAGGAUUCCGACGCGUCUUCUAUGUCCUCGGUUUCGUCAAUGGGAACCAUGGGAACUAUGGGCACCGAAAAUGGCUUGAAGAAUUUGUCUGUUCGUGAUCAUCGCCACUCCGGGUCAGCAGCUUCGUUCGGCAGGUCAUCUCCUCGAUUGUCGACAUCAUCCCCACGACCAUCGGUAGACAGAAGGCCCAAACCCCCUUUGACUCCUGUGACAGAUACGAAUGGUGUAACUUUAUGGCGAGAAAGCCAGCGCAUAUCCUUGAGGGCAUUCCUCCGUGGUCUCCUUGCGAAUCCCCAGAUUGCUGGAACCCGAGCAAUGCAAGAUUUUCUGUCAAAUCAGCCUAUUAAACUAAGCGAUGAAGACGUAGAGGAUAUUGAGAAAAGAAAGCUUAUGGAUGAGAAGAGAGUUGUAGAGCAGAAGCAGUUUUAUGAAAUAGCCAGGAAGCGCGCCGCUGAAUUAGACAUAUACAUGGAAGAAUUCCGUCGCGAUAUUGUGGAAAGCAAUGGUCUCACCAAAUUGUUCAAAGAAAUCAAGGAUAAGCCAACUAUCCCAGAUCUCAGCAUCCAGUACCAAAAGUUUGCAGAAUGGCUACGUAUCGAAGUAGCUGCGACUCUCUACCAUUUGUUCUUAGCAGAAGAUAACUCUCCAGAACUAUUUGCCCAAGCUAAGAAAAUCCAUUCAAUGAUACCGUAUACGAUUAUCAAGAAUGCAAUUCGGAUAGCAAAUCCCGCAGCUGUUAUGUCUAGCAUAUUAGACAUCUUUCUAGCUCAACCCUUAGGAAUGAGAUCGCUCAUGCAAAGAAUCUUUUCUCUAACAUUGAAUGAUGGCAUCAGAAGUUUCCAAAAAGCGAUUGAUACUCUACAAGAAAAAAUCAACGAAUCUGUGUUCUGCGAAAAAUUGAAAAGGUUUUCUGACAGUCCGGAAGAUCUCAAGAAUGACAUACGGGCUGAUGCGGAGGAGAGUAGCGUGGACUUGAUUGUCGCGAUUCUGAGGUCAGAAGAGAUUGAACCGGGCCUAAAUUCCGCACAGAUUGGCAAGAUUUUCAAUGCCUAUGUCGCUUGGAAUAAUGCCGUGGAGAACGUCGACGAAGAGAUGAAGCAAGGUGCACAAUUAUUCUCAUACUUGAAACAGCUCCUAAAAUUAUACACGAGACAACGGGAUAAGGCUAUGAUGCUCAAUAUGGUUGAGGAGCCAGUUACAUUACGUCUUCUUCGCGAUCUGUUUACCAUCUUCUACGAGCCUUUAGUACGAGUGUACAAGUCAGCAAACGUGUACAACAGUGUCACUGAUUUCGCGGAUUUCAUUGAGGAUACGAUAAGAGUUGUGGAUAAAUGCCGCGAACAAGAUUUUUCAGCAGACCCUAAUCAGACUGUCCAAGCAUUCAUCGAUUUGUGCCAACGACACGAACACAAUUUUUACAAGUUCGUUCACGAAGUACACACGCACGAUAAUGGGCUGUUCACACAAUUAAUGGGUUGGGUCGAAGGAAUUCUCGAGUUCCUCCGACAAGGUCCACAGGGCGGAAAACUUGACAUCAAUGCGCUCGUGGCUGGUGCCGUGAGCAUGAAUCAAUUGAAUAAAGAAGUUGCCGUCAAUGAAAUCAACCAAUUGAUCACUUGGCAAGAAGCUCGUAAGAAGUGGCAUUCUGAUAAAACUAGACAGAAAAUGGCGGCAGAAGGUACAGGCACCGCAGAGCAGGCACCAGGAGCACUGGUAUUUAAGAGUGCCGAUUUUGGGUUGGAUGAAAUGGAUCUUGAGGAAAUCAAUUAUGAAGAUGAUGAAGAGAGUAGUGAUGAGAAUGAGGAAGAUGACGAACUAGAUCCGAUUGCGGCGGAGAGGAAGAGGAGAGCAAAGAAACAGGAUCAUUUGAGGAGAACCGCAGGUGAGCCUGCUAAACCGGAUGUGGUAGAGGUGUAUAAAUUGAAAGAGGGAUUCUUGAGUAUGUUAAGGGGUGUACUUGCUGAGUAG